AUGCAAUUGCAAGACUUGCUACUCAUUGCUGCUAUAUCUUCCAAUGCCGUCCAGGCGUGGUCGCCAUCCAACGGUUAUGCUCCUGCAAACGUAACUUGUGCUGAUGACGUUAAUUUACUAAGAGAGGCUAGUGACUUAUCAAAAGAUGAACAAGAUUGGUUGAAAAAAAGAAACACUAUUACCGCUGAGUCUUUGAAAACUUUCUUAGAUCGUUCCACCAAGAACUUUUCAGAUUCUUCAUCAUCGUUGCUCAACAAGUUAUUUCAAGAUGGUGAUAAUGUCCCUAAGAUAGGUAUUGCAGCUUCUGGUGGUGGGUACCGUGCUAUGCUGGCUGGUGCAGGUAUGUUGGCUGCCAUGGAUAAUAGAACCAGUGGUGCCAAUGAUCACGGACUCGGUGGUCUUUUACAAAGUUCCACUUAUUUAGCUGGGCUUUCAGGUGGGAAUUGGCUAACUACCACAUUGGCUUGGAAUAAUUGGACCUCUGUUCAAGAUAUCAUUGAUAACAUUACUGUUGAGAAUUCCAUUUGGGAUAUCGAUAAUUCUCUGUUCAGCAUAUCUGAAAUGGCAAAUUCUUCCAUUUGGACCGAUAUCGCAAAUGAUGUUAAGGCAAAGCAAGACGCAGGAUUUAAUGUCACUUUAGCCGAUCUUUGGGGGAGAGCGUUAGCUUAUAACUUCUUCCCGGAUCUUUACCACGGAGGUGCUGGUUACACUUGGUCCACUCUAAGAGAUUCUGAGGUGUUUAAAAAUGCAGAGAUGCCAUUCCCAAUAACAGUUGCUGAUGGUAGAUACCCAGGCACUACUGUUAUUAGUUUAAAUGCCACCGUUUUUGAAUUCAAUCCCUUUGAAAUGGGAUCGUGGGAUCCAACUCUAAAUUCCUUUACUGAUGUUAAAUAUUUAGGAACAAAUGUGUCCAAUGGUAAACCUAUCGAUGCUGGUCAAUGUGUUGCUGGUUUUGAUAAUGCUGGUUUUGUUCUUGGGACUUCUGCAACUUUAUUUAAUUUAAUGCCAUUGCCAUUUACCUCUAGUAUGCUACCAAAAUCAUUGAGUGUAUUGGGCGACAAUUUCACUGCCUCUUUAGCAGACACUUAUAAUGAUAUUGCUAUUUAUUCACCCAACCCAUUUAGAGAUGCUGAUUCCGUGAAAAGUAAUUUUUCCAAAGCCAUCGUCGAUUCAGAUGAUCUGUUCCUUGUUGAUGGAGGUGAAGAUGGUGAAGUUAUCCCACUGGUACCAUUGCUACAAGAGAAACGUGGACUUGAUGUUGUCUUUGCACUAGAUUUCAAUUCUGAUACUACUACAUCAUGGCCUGAUGGAUCUUCAUUAGUUGCCACAUAUCAACGUCAAUUUGAAGAUCAAGGUGAAGGUAUGUCUUUCCCAUAUGUUCCAGACACCGAAACAUUUAUUAAGUACGGAUUAAACACUAAGCCAACUUUCUUUGGUUGUGAUGCCAAGAAUUUAACUGAUUUGGAAUACAUUCCACCAUUAAUUGUUUACAUUCCUAAUUCAAGAUACUCCUUCAAUAGUAAUACUAGCACUUUACAAUUGUCAUACAACUCCUCUCAACGUCUUGGUAUGAUUCAGAAUGGAUUUGAAUCUGCCACUAGAGGAAAUUUUACAGAUGAUCCAGAGUUUUUAGGAUGUAUUGGUUGUGCCAUCAUGAGACGUAAACAACAAAGCUUAAAUGAAACGCUACCAUCUGAAUGUGAGCAAUGUUUUACCAACUAUUGUUGGAAUGGUACUCUUGCCGGUUCUGUUGCUAAAAAUUCUAGUACCACUACUAAUGUCUCUUCUUCCUUUAGAUCUUCUCAAACAAGUACCUUAGAUUCUAGCCGUUCAGCUGCAUCAGAAUCGAGCACUGCUACUAGAUCAGAAUCUCGCGAGACCUCCUCUAGAACCUCCUCUAGAACAUCCGAAACUUCAAGUUCUAGUUCUUCAAUGAAUACCAGAAAUGGUGCCGCGGCAGCCUUUAACUUAGAAGACAGUUCAUUAUUAAGGUACAUUUUAACCGUUUUCGGUAUUAUUGCUGGUAUUCUUUAG